CUUGGGUUUCUUAUAUAUUCUCUUUUCAUCCUUGUGACCGAAGUUUUCAAGCAUUUUCCUAUUCAUCUUCCCCUAAAUACUCUGUAUUUAGACCAAAAAAUAGAAAAAAAAAAAGAGAAGGAAGAAAGAAGAAUUUAUAUUUAGAAAAUUUAAGAACAAAAAAAUGACAGGAGCAGAUUUGCAAUUCCCUCCAGGCUUCAGAUUUCAUCCGACUGAUGAAGAGCUUGUUAUACACUAUUUAUGCCGAAAAUGCACCUCUCAGCCAAUUGCUGUACCAAUUGUAGCUGAAAUUGACCUCUACAAGUUUGACCCUUGGGAUCUUCCUGAAUUGGCAUUGUACGGGGAGAAAGAGUGGUACUUCUUUUCACCUCGAGAUCGGAAGUAUCCGAAUGGCUCACGCCCAAAUCGAGCGGCUGGAACUGGAUACUGGAAGGCAACAGGUGCAGAUAAGCCGAUUGGAAAUCCAAAGGCCGUGGGAAUUAAGAAAGCAUUGGUGUUUUAUGCUGGUAAGGCACCUAAAGGAGAGAAGACUAAUUGGAUCAUGCAUGAAUACAGGCUUGCUGAUGUUGAUCGAUCUGCUCGUAAGAACAACAAUAGCUUAAGGUUGGAUGAUUGGGUUUUAUGCCGAAUAUACAACAAAAAAGGAUCGAUUGAAAAGCAUCGGAAAAUGAACACUAGCUAUAUGGAUACAGUUGAAUCACCGGAGGAUAAAAAACCAGAGAUUCUACCCCCUCUACCACCACAACCACCACAGCAACUGCACAACGAUUACUUCUACCUGCCUUCAGAUUCAGUUCCAAAGAUCCACUCUGAUUCAAGCUGUUCGGAGCACGUACUUUCACCAGAUUUUACAUGUGAGAAGGAAGUACAAAGCGAGCCAAAGCUAACUGACUGGGAGAAAAUCACCAUUGAUCUUCCAUUUAAUUACAUGGAUGCCACUACUGGUGCAACAACAGUGGAUAAUAGCUUGUUAGGUUCACAGUUUCAGAGCAGUUAUCAGAUGUCGCCAUUGCAGGAUAUGUUCAUGCACCUUCUCAAGCCUCUUUAAGCCAAGUGGGACCCAAUCAUUUUAGACCGCAAGUGUCAAAAGGAGACUCUCUAAAGUCAGUGACUGCGCACGUGCGGCCAGCAUCUUUUGCUUUCACAUUGACAAUUGUGAAGACAGAAUUUGUAUAUAUAGUUAAAAUAAACUUGCAAAAACGAAAAGAAACAAAAAAUAUAAUCAUGUUUAGAGUACGUAAUGAUCAUGAGACUCUUGUGCUACAUGUGAAUGUACUUGGUGUUAUAAGAGAAGCUACUAGUAGUAUAGCAAAUUUUUAGGGUGUUCUUCAUUUGAUUCAUUAGUUGCUAGGUUGAUUCACUUUUAAAAUGUCUGUUUACUAGUUAACUAGCAUAUGGAGCUAAAUGUAUUCUGCCAAAUUGAGAUAUGCAAUUGUAUCUUAUUUA